UGCUAGUAGAUAUCCUAAAACCCUACCGACGACAGUGACCAUUUCCACGCAACAAUGUCGGACAUUCCACCGGAAGUAAUUAACGAUAUACUUUACCGACUGCCGGUGAAGUCACUGCUAAGAUUCAGGUGCGUAAGCAAGUCAUUCAAAGCCCUAAUUGAUAGCCCCAAAUUCAUCCGAGCACACCUCAAGCAACAGGCACUGAAACACAACUCAGAUGUCAAGCUUAUUUUCAAGUCUCACAAGCUUUACUCCCUCGAUUUCAGUUCGAUCUCUAGUAGCCAACUAGAGGAACUUGACCAUCCACUGAAGCAUCCCUAUGGCCCAACUCAGGUACUCGGCUCUUGCCAUGGUUUGAUUUUAAUAUCUAACAACUUGAGUGACAAUGGUGUGUGGAAUCCAUCCACUAAAAUGUUCCGGAAACUGCCGGUUUGUCACGUUAACCCUCCACAGAAUCAUGGACCGAGACAGGUUGCAGGGUUGAGCCAAAUUUGUGGUGGUUUUGGGUAUGAUAUUUCUGCUAAUGAUUAUAAGGUCGUUAAAAUAGCCCAAUUUUGUCACUUCUCUGGUAGUUCCUUAGUUAUUGUUACAAUGGUUUUUAGUUUGAAGUUGGGUUUGUGGAAGAAGAAGGUUCAGGAUUGUCCAUACUGGUUAGUUAAGGAAGACAACGGCACGUUUGCUGCAGGUGCAUUACACUGGCUUGCAUCUACGGAAUCAUCAUCAGAGUGGAGCCCUUGGGUUCUUAUAGGUCUCAAUCUUGGAAGUGAGAGAUUUAAGCUGGUGCCAUAUCCUGAGAAUUUGGGCAAGCCAUUGCAUUUAAAUUUGGCAGUCUUGGGAGAAUGCCUUUGUUUGAUUUCAGGUCACGUCGUUGUUCGUACUAAUGAAAAGAAUCAUGUGUUAGAUCAUGUAGACAUAUGGGUGAUGAAGGAUUACGGAGUGAAGGAGUCUUGGAUAAAGUUGUUUUCAGUUGAGCAGUUAGAUGGUCGUCAACAUUUCAGUUUCUUGAGGCCAAUAGCAUAUUCAGUGACUGGUAAGGAAGUUCUUCUGGAAAUGGAUAAUAGGAAGUUCCUAUGGUAUAGUCUAGAAAAGAAGUCCCUCAAACAUUCUAAGAUUAAUGGUGGAUUGGACUUUUUUGAAUCAUUUGUCAAUUUGGGAACCCUUGUCCCUUUAUAUGGGGGUGGAAAUGAUGGGGGUGAAAAUGAAAAGGAUGAGAAGGAAAAGAUAGAACCAGAGAAAAAAGAUGGAGCCGGAAACAUUGAGGAUGAAGAUGUCUUGGUGAUAGAGGAAUUCAAGUUGGAACUUUAAAAGAGAAGUUUAAAUUAGACUAAAGAGUUGAAUGUCAUUUUGCAAGUCUCUGGAGCGCCAAAAUGUGGAGGCCUUCAGCAAAGGUGGCCAAAAUGUGGAGCGCCAGAAUGUCAUUUUGCAAGUCUCUGCAAACCCAAAAACCAUGCUCCCUUUCACAACAUGCAGGUAUCCAGUGGAUAGUCAAGGGGAGAAUGCUUUUCAGUUGGAAGAAGAGUAGAGAAGCCCCUUCUGUUUAUCUCUGGCAGUAUCUGACAUUUUUCCUUUUUUAGCAAAACAAUUGUGAAUGUGGUUGGAAACUAAUCUGUUAAUGUAAGUGCUAUUUUGCUAUCUAAUCGAGACGUGUAAAAAACCACCAGAUGAAAUAUGGUACUAUUAACUUCUAAGUUUUUGAAUCUUCACCUAUGUAUUUAGUGGAGCAGUCUUUUGUCUGCUGGAAACUUCUGGAUAA